AUGGCGGAGGCCGAGGCACCCGGGAACAUAGUCAAGGAGGGAUGGUUACAAAAGCGUGGAGAACAUAUCCGCAACUGGCGAGAUCGCUACUUUAUCCUGUUCGACAACGGCGAUCUUGUUGGGUUUAAAACGCAGCCGGAGCGUAACAAUUACCGCGAUCCCUUGAAUAAGUUCACCGUCCGGGACUGUCAGAUCAUGGCAGUGGACAAACCGCGUCCGCAUACCUUCACCAUCCGUGGCCUGCAAUGGACCACAGUUAUCGAGCGCAACUUCUCUGUUGACACUGAAAGGGAGAGGGAGGAAUGGGUGGCCGCGAUCCGCUACGUGGCGUCGCAGCUGAGCGGGGCGGCCGCGGCGUCGAUGGCGGCGCCGAUGCUGAUGCCGACGCCGACGCCGACACCCGCGCCGACGCCGACGCCGCCGCCUGCGCCGACGCCGACGCCGAAGUCGACGCCGAAGCCGACGCCGACGCCGGCCACUGGCGGUACCAGUUCUACGGCCGGCGGCAGCGCGGCGUCCUUCGAGACGGACGACUGCGACAUCGCCCAGCUCGGGACCAGCUUCCGGGAUCCCAGGCGCAUAACCCUGGAAAAGUUCGAAUUCGUGAAGGUGCUCGGCAAGGGCACCUUCGGGAAGGUGGUGCUGACCCGCGAGAAGGGAACGGGCAAGCUGUACGCGAUGAAGAUCCUCAAGAAGCACCUCAUCAUCCAGAAGGACGAGGUGGCGCACACCAUCACCGAGAAUCAUGUGCUCAAGAAGACCAGGCACCCCUUCCUCACGGCGCUUCGCUACUCGUUCCAGACGUCCGACCGCGUCUGCUUCGUGAUGGAAUACGCGAACGGCGGCGAGCUGUUCUUCCACCUGUCCAGGGAGCGCUCCUUCUCCGAGGAGCGGACGCGCUUCUACGGCGCGGAGAUCGUGUCCGCCCUGGGCUACCUGCACGCCGAGGGCAUCAUCUACCGAGACCUCAAGCUGGAGAACCUCCUGCUUGACAAGGACGGCCACAUCAAGAUCGCGGACUUCGGCCUUUGCAAGGUGAAUAUAACGUACGGGCGCACCACAAAGACUUUCUGCGGCACACCCGAGUACCUCGCGCCAGAAGUGCUGGAGGACCUCGACUACGGACCAGCUGUGGACUGGUGGGGUACGGGCGUCGUGCUGUAUGAGAUGGCGUGCGGCCGCCUGCCGUUCUACAACCGCGACCACGACGUGCUGUUCUCGCUCAUCCUAAGCGAGGAGGUUCGGUUCCCGCGCACCCUCUCGGCCGAGUGUCGAGCAUUGCUCAGCGGGCUGCUCACCAAGGAGCCGACCAAACGGCUCGGCGCGGGCCCCGACGACGCCCUGGACAUCAUGCACCACUCCUUCUUCGCGUCCAUCAACUGGGCCGACCUGGUGGCCAAAAAGAUCCCGCCGCCGUUCAAGCCGCAGGUGGAGACCGAAACGGACACGCGCUACUUCGACUCUGAGUUCACCGGCGAGUCAGUCGAGCUGACGCCGCCCGAACACGAGUCCGGCCUGGCGCGCAUACAGGAGGAGCACUUCCCGCAGUUCUCCUACCAGGACCUCUGCUCGUCGGCGCACUCUGCGCUGUCGCACCUGUCGCACCAAUCCGCGCUGGCCGACCGCCGGCAC